GCACGCAGGCGCAGUGACGGCGGCUGGAAAGGUCGUUCCGGUGCGGUGGCCCAUGACCAUGGCGGCGCCGUCGGAGGGGGCCGGAGCUCCCAGCGGGAGGUGAAGGAGUUGGUGAGUGGGGCAGCGCCGACCGCAGGCUCGGUCCCGCUCCAGUGGUGCGAAGGUUAUGAACACCAGUGAAUGUGACUGGAUCUUGACUCAUUUUUGUCCGGCUUGCACACACCAACCACGGAGGGACAGAUUAAGCCAACUGUGUGCAGAGUCACCAUUUAUCUUCAGAGAGAUAUGUCUGGAGAUACCUGCUUAACAUCACCUUGUCCUUCCUCUGGAGCCAAACCCAAGGCCAUCAGCUUUAAAGGAGGAAGCAUGGGAAACAAGUACAUAAGGUUAAAUGUUGGAGGCUCGCUGUACUAUACCACUGUUCAGAUUUUAACCAGGCACGACACCAUGCUGAAGGCAAUGUUUAGUGGAAGAAUGGAAGUACUGACUGACAAAGAAGGUUGGAUUCUUAUUGACCGUUGUGGGAAACAUUUUGGCACCGUCUUGAACUACCUGAGGGAUGACUCAAUUAUCCUUCCAAAGAGCAGGCGGGAAAUAAAGGAACUAUUAGCAGAGGCCAAAUAUUACCUUAUUCAAGGCCUAGUGGAUGUCUGUCAGACAGCUUUACAGGAAAAGAAUGAAUGCUGUGAAGUUGCUUGCAUGAUCCCCAUGAUUACCUCUCUCAAGGAGGAAGAAAGACUUAUUGAAAGUUGCGCUAAGCCUGUUGUGAAGCUGCUACAUAACAGGAGCAACAACAAGUAUUCCUACACUAGCAACUCUGAUGACAAUUUGUUAAAGAACGUUGAACUAUUCGACAAACUGUCCCUGAGAUUUAAUGGAAGAGUGCUUUUCAUGAAGGAUGUCUUAGGAGAUGAGAUUUGCUGCUGGUCAUUUUAUGGACAGGGUCGCAAGCUUGCUGAGGUUUGCUGCACCUCCAUUGUGUAUGCAACAGAAAAGAAACAGACCAAGGUUGAAUUUCCUGAAGCAAGAAUUUAUGAAGAGACAUUGAAUGUCUUGCUUUAUGAAACACCACGUGUACCUGAUAACUUGCUGUUAGAGGCUACUAGUCGGACAUCUGCUCAAGGGUCACACAGUGAAGAUGAAGAGGCGUUGGAAGUUAGAGAUCGUGUGCGUAGAAUACAUGUGAAAAGGUACAGCUCAUAUGAUGACAGACCCCUUGGACACCAGCCUGCCUAUAGAGACUAAAACUAACCAGAUUCCUGGGUAUGGCAAUAAUUAUAAUUUUAACAAAAACAAGUACUAAUGGUUACCACUGUGCAGAUCAUGGAUUAUGAAGAUAGCUGACUGAUGGCAGAAGGGAAACCUGAAUGCUUUUAAGUUUAAUUUGAUAUGUUUGUUCUGUUACUUUGAUUUUUCUCCUUCUGGAAGAAAUUGUCUUAAGUGGAACUGAAAUACAUCCUAAAACUUGUGCAUAAUUUUCCUUUAUUGUAGAUGAUUUUUUUAUUGAUGUUUGGCAUAUCCUGGAAACCUGAAAUCCAGAUUGUUGUAACUUAUUACAACACCUGACUAGCUUGUGACAAUAGGGAUUCAAUAGUAAUGCCAUUGAGUUGUCAAUCUGUCAUGCCCAUGAACGUUUGAGAGAGAAGUCAAUUACCACCAAACCCCCCAGCUGGCAGCAGCACAUUUGCAGCAGACUAUGGAGGCCUUUAAUAAAGUGCCCCACCUCUUUUUUUUCAUUGUUACUUUAAUUUGGAUUCUGCCCUUGUAUCACAGGGAAAUCCAAAUGUGUGCCUGAGCAGACAUAAAAAUGUCUGCCCAUUUUUAUACUUGGCUUGCUUCCUUGUUCUGAAAUCAUCAGCAUCUUAUUACAUGUACUUUCAAGGCUAACGAGGAAGUACUCAUUUAUACCAAUUGACCAUUGGAGUAUUUCAGUCAAAAGUUGUUGUAUGCAAAAAAGAUUUUUUUUGGGAGGUGAAGUUGAGGGAAUAAGAAAAAUAAUUCCCAUUUCUUACAGCUCCUCGCCCAAAGUAUUAUUUCAAGUUGCUAAUUGCAAAUUAAUUUUUCUCACACCUAAUGUUGGUUUGGUUAACAACAUUUGGGAUUUAAGUACGUUAGAAUUUUGGAUAGUUCUGAAACAUUCCACUUGCUACAAACCUCACAGAAUUGUGGCAGCUUGUGUUUGUGCUGAAGUAUUUCAUGUAUAUUUAAUCCGGUUUGUUCAGUUUUCUUGUUAAUAUAUUGUAUGGGAUGAUCCCUAUUUUCUCCUUUCAAUAUAAUGGUAGCACAGCUGUGCAGGUGAAAAUUUAUUUUGACUGGACCAGAAUGUUAAAUUUCUGUUUUUGUAUUUAUGUACUUACUGUUCUUCUGGACUGGGAUGCUUAAAGCUAUUUUGUUCCAUAUAGUACAAAAUAGUGAUGUGUCUAACAUUUGCCUGAAGUAAAAUUGCAGUUUGUUUACUAAUGUAGUUUUUCGUGAAGUUGUAUUUAAAUAACGUGUAAGUGGCUCUGGCUUUCAACCAGAGAAGUUUGUGUUUGACAACUGCCAGUAAACAUUGUAGAAUAUUGCCAUGCACCAGAACUGUCCUCAGGUCAGAGAUAAAAAAACUGGCAGAAUUUAUUCUUAUUCAACUCUCUGCCCUAUCUUCCCACUCUAUCACAUCAUCUGCUGUAAUAUCGGACAGCUCUGACCAACUGAGGAGGGGGAGGGGGAUAAAAUAAACUUUUAGAACUGA